AAACAAGUUCUGAAAACACCGAAACUCUUGCAUUUUUCAGUUUCUCCUCCCAUCCAAAGUCCGGUAUCAUUUUCUUUUCUUCAAAUACUUCCUACGAGACUGUCCAGUACUAAUACGAAAAAGGCUUGCUGAACCAGAAAUUCUACAAGCUUUCUGGACUCGCAAAUAAUUAGCACUCCUAUGGCGGACGAUGAAGUUGUUGAUCAAAAGAAGCAUCUUGAAGAGUUUUGCAAGUCUAGGUGUGUAAAGCCUUUAGUCGAAUAUCAGGCUUGUAUAAAAAGGAUUCAGGGGGAUACAACUGGGGAAAAGCACUGCACUGGCCAAUACUUAGACUACUGGCAUUGUGUUGAUAAAUGCGUUGCACCAAAGCUGUUCAUGGAACUCAAAUGACGAAGGUCACAGAGGCUGCUGCUCCAUUACUACGAUAUAUUUUCUUAAACUCUAGGAAUAACAGGCAGAGAUGACAUUAGUUGCAUUCUUCAGAAAUAGCUAUAUGGUUGCAGACCCAUUUAUUAAAGUAAAAAACAAUGACAAUCAUUUACUUGUUUUUAUGAAUAAGUUUUGACAGUUGAGCAUCCUAAGUGAUAAUAAAGGCUGCCCUGUUAUUUUUGUUUGCUAAUUUGGAUAAAGGUUGAUGUUUCUUGCUC